AACAUGGCGGAUCUUUCGAAAGAUCUCCCUCUCACGUUUCGUAUUGCAGAACCAAGCGAUUUUGACGAAAUUAUAAGGUUAUCAAAUGAAGUUUUCCCAAGUGGAAAUGACUAUCUUCAGCACAAGAUCAAUAAGUGGCUUCAGAUGAACAAUUUGGCCAUAUUGCUUGCAUUUGUCGAUGAGAAGUUAGUCGGGUUACAAGCUUGCUUCAUCGUGGAUGAGGGACAAACAUUUGUUCGUCAGGCGAUGCGGUUCGCUCCAGACUUACAAGGCAGAGGUCUCUCGCGAAAACUUUCGCAAGCCAUGGAUGCCUACGUUCGGAAGAACUUCCCAAGUGUUCGGAGGUUGCGUUUUUCGAACUAUGUUUAUCGCGAAUACUCGUCUGCUACGAAGAUGGUUCUAGAGUUGGAUAAGUUAGGGUACAGAGUGGAGCACUUACCGCUUGAUCCUCACAUGCCUUGCUCAGUGAAAAAUUCAGAGCUCGUUUCAUGUUCUAAGAAAUAUUUCUCAGAAGUCAUUCUGUCUCGCGCAUUUUCACACAAACUCUUCCCACUUAAUGUCCUAAUUGUUGACUGGUGCCCUUUCGAGGCCCUCUGUUCAAAUAUCGAUUACAUUUUACAAGACGACGAUUUAUUACUGACCGAGAGAUGUGACGAAUACGAGAUGCCGAGGUCUUUUAGCUUUGGUCGGCUGUCACCGAAAGCAAAAGUUAAGGAGUGGAUCGUGUCAGUGUACACUGACGACCCAAGGCUAUUUGAAGCUCAUGUUAUUCAACAGUACUACGACGCUUGCAAGAUUAUCAAGGAAGAAUUUACUUUUGUGUCUUUCCAUGACAAAGGGCUGAGGAACCUUGGAAAAAAGACACUGGGAGAGAAACUAAACUUGCAGCAUGAUGAGUUUUAUAUGAAUGAAUCUCUUUUCUUGUAUGAAAGGGAUUUUGGUAUGAUAGAUUCAGGCAAUGUUUGUGAGGGAAAACAACUGUGAAGGACACAAAUAGAAUUAUUUCAAAACUCAGCAUUGCUAAUGUGCAAUGAGAAAGUUAUUUAAAUAUUUAUUUAGUUCUCAACCACAAUUUUUUUCAUUAGAUAGCAUUUUCUGUUGCACUGUCACUGUGCAAUCACCUGAAAAAUGUGGUGAGCAUUCAAACUCCUAGGUUGCUAUGAUGUUUGAAAGUGAAAGCCCAUUGUGUAUGCAGGAAUACUGAAAAUAAAUUAAUGGCUGGUGACGAUGGAAAUCUUGAUCGAACUGAGCUACUGUUUCAGGCCGAAAGCUUCCUUCUCUAGUGAGUCUAAUUCAUCAGCCAUGAACGCGGCUAAUGCUGAAUUCUAAGAUUCUGAACACCCCACCGCCAUAUAAAAUUGUCUGUUCUUAGCUGCCUUCCAUCUUGAAGGUAUCAGGGGUUGUUGGAGGGGAAAAAGUUAACACUAGUGCGAUACAAUUUGGAAACCUUCUAAGCCACUCCUUAACUGUUGAUGUAACGUAAUAAUUAAUCACUGAUGACAUCCUAAUGACACCAAUUGUGGUUUCACGUGAGAAACUUUGAGACGCGGUUUAGAAGAACAGCAUCGGUAGUUUGACGCCAGCUCGGCUCAUUAGGUUCAUAAUUAAAACAUUGUGGAGUAUAAACAUCAACUUACGCCAAAUAACUUUGAGCUUCCACAAUGACACAUUCGACCUGUCAUACGCUUAAAUUAAGGCAAUAACUGACUAAAGAUAAUUGUGUUAAAUCAGCCGUCACUGAGAUACCUAAGAGUUUUUACUUUGAAAAUCAUGUACUUUUACACCCAUCCAGUGUAUUUCAUUACUUCAACUUUACACCACACGACUAUUAGC